UCAUCUCCUUCACUUGUUGACUGUGUAAGUCUAUCCGAUUCUUUCGUCUUCCCUGGAUUUUUUUCUCCGUCAACGAUCCUUUGUUCAGAUCGAUCUGUUUCGUCUAGUCUCAGUUUCAAUUUCGUGCUUUGAUUGGUUUAUGAGUUUGAUUUAUUGGAAUAUAUGAUCUUAUCUUAUCCAUGGUUGACGAUCGUGUCUAGAAUCGAAGUUGCUGAAUAGCUUUGAUCGUCGUUAGCUUAUAUGAAUUCUGAUGGUUUUUGUUAUUGGAUCAGCUUAAGAUUAUUCUUGUUGAUUUGUUGUUAUUUGAUCAAAUUUUGUAGUUAUACCACAGGACAAUGGCUGACAAAGAUGAAGCAGCGACGCGUGGAAAUGAUUGGGAAGUUGUUUCUCUUACUGCUUCAGCUUACGCUGCUGCUCCUGGUCCUAAACCAGUAGUGGACUCGAAAGAUGAUGAUCACAAGGAAGUUACUCCUUGUUACGAAGCUGAGACAUCUCAUCCCUUAUACAUGUCUCGCCACUUUGUUUUCCCACCAACUGGUCAGCUUGAGAAUACUAGUGACCUUACCGAGGCUAGCUUAACGGGGUCUCAUUGCAAGGAAGGGAGUGAUUUGAGUCUGAAAGGGUUGGAUUUAUCAGAUGAUUUCGGAGGACUUGAGUUUUCCGAGGAUAAAGGCAAGAAAGAAGAAAACAUUUACACGACAGCUAUGAGUUCUCUGGACGAUGAAAGAGCUAUCGGUGGCUCACACGUGUAUGAACCUGUUGAAGAACCGACCGAGCCUGUUUCUCCUUCUGAUGUUACACUUGAUCUGAAUCCUAUUAAAGAUGAUGAGGUAGCAAACUCGCCACCUAGCGAAGAAGCUUGGUGGAAAAGAAGCGUUGCCUCUUUGAUUGCCCAAGCGAAAGAAACUAAUACAGUUUGGUCCAUCUGCAUAGCCGCAGCUGUAAUGGGAAUUGUGAUUCUUGGCCAACAUUGGCAACAGGAGAGGUGGCAGAUUUUGCAGCAAAAGUGGGAAUCAAGCAUUGGAAACGAGAAAGCUGGAAGAUUGAUGGGGCCAAUCUCUCGACUAAAACAAGCAUUUGUCGGGGGACAGCGGCGGGAUUCAUUCAUCCGAGCCAGCGCCCAAAACGACCGUUAAAUCAAAACAAAAAGGUGAAUUACUUUGAUGAUGACGAUAAGAACAAGAGUAGCUUCUUUGGGGUCGAAAAACAUGGAUGUCUGGUGUGUGAAUGUGUUUGGUACUUCUCUUCAGGUCAUGGUUUUUGUACAUAUUUCUUUGGUGUGAAACAAUCAUUUACCCAUUUCAUUAUCUCAAUGCCCUAUUACUCUCUUUCUCUGUUUAUAUCAUAAUCAGAUACUCAGUGUCUCCUGUUAUGUUUUUGUUGGUCAAAUUGAAAACUCUUUAUUUUGGUUAGAGAAUUUUG